CGAUUGCACACGCCGCGCGUUGCGCCUGUCAAGCCGCUCGGAACCAAGCCCGGCUCCUGGUGGGGAACGAUCGAUAAAUUCGAAGCCGCGACGUUCUACCGGCGAGUAAGCAUUCCGCUGCAUUAUCUGCGAGUUCGAGCCCACGACUGCGAAGCGACAAGCCAGAGCCAACCAAGAUGCCGGGACCAGGAUGCGAUAAAUGCAAGGACAAAUGCAAGGACUGCAAGUGCGGUGACAAUUGCUCGUGCUGCGAUUCCGGAUGCAAGGAUCAAUGCAGCUGCAAACAGGGUGGAAAAUGCUCGUGCAAACCUUGCACCUGUUAAUUAAUAAUCAUGCCAAGGACAAUUCACGUUGAAGAUGAUAAUAGAUCCCUGAUGCACCGGAAUACAUCCAACAUGUAGAAAAAAUUCGAAAUACAUUAUUAUCAAUGUAAAAUUUUAGUGAAAAUUAGAGAUAUGACGCGAAGCCUUCGCUUUUUUUUGUUAGAUGAAUAGUUGAAUGAAUAAAUAAAUUAAAAUUCAAGUUUCA